GAGGAUGUCCUGGAAGCUUUUUCUUUUCGUGACUGCUGUCUUCUGUCUUCUGUCUACAACAGCUGGCCAGCUGGGCGUUCAACAGUGGACCCGGCCCAGCGUGGUCCAAGAGAGCCUGACCAAGACACUGACGGUCAACUGUAGCAUCGUGGCGGACGUCAACAGCAGCGUCUCACAGGCCAUCACGCUGUACAUCUACAAGUCUACCAUGAGGGAGCCCAGCGUGUUCGCAGACGUGGCUUAUAUCUCGGGGAUUGAAGACAAAGUGGAGCCCGCCUUUUCUCUGAACGCCACCCUGACCGGACACCUGAGCCUAGACGGCAAAGACUCGUACCUGGCUCUCCGAUGGGACUACCCGCAGUUUGAGCUCACUGGAAGCUUCAAGUGUGAGCUGAUGGGGCUCACAAGCAACAUGCACGUGACCAAAGUCCAGGUGGUCAGUCAGGUCACAGAUGCCAGACCCGAUCUCCAGGCCGCCCUACUCGCCAUCGAAAGACAUGACGUCAGAAUCGGGAUCCUGGAAACUGCGCUGGUCACUCUGUCAGCUCGUCUAGACCGCUUCAAAGACUCCAUGUUCUACACAACGCUGACCAAUAACGGUCGACAGUACCUGGUCUCCAGACCUUUCCUCCAGAACUCCGCGAUGGCCGAGUCAGCCUGCAAGAUUUACGGCGGAUACCUGGUGGAGUUUGAUCUUCAGGAAUUCAUCAUCGUCAAACAAGUUCUGGCUAACGCUUCCGUCAGUGAUCCCGUGCUGGUUGGAAUAACGGACGAGAUCGCGGAGGGCGUGUGGAGGUUCAGAGAGCACCCUCUCCUCUCGCCAUCCUACACGUUGUGGGAGAGGAACCCCCAGCAGCCGGACGGAGGGAGAGCGGAGAACUGCGCGCGGCUGGAGCGAGGCGCUCUGGGAGAAUGGUGGCUCACUGAUGUCCCUUGUUACGACAACGCGGCGGGCGUGCGUUUCAUGUGUGAGGUGCCAGUAGAGGUGUGAGUGUGGGGGUGGGGUGUGUUUGGGAAGGUUCUUCUAGGAGGUUUUUUUGGGGGGUCAAAGUGGUGUCUUUGGAAAAGUUCUAGAUGUUCUUUGUUUGGAAUAAGUGUCUUUUGAAAGGUUCUAGAUGGGGGUUUAGGGGGGGGGGGGGUCAUAUUAGUGUCUUUGUGAAAGUUUUGUAUGUUUUUGCGUCAAAUUGGAGUCUAAGCGAAGGUUCCUAAUGCUUUUUCGUCAAAUCGGUGUCUUUGCGAAGAUUUUAUAUAUUUUAAGGUUCUAGGUGGGUUUUUUGGUGUCAAAUUGGUGUCAUUGUGAAAGUUCUAGAUUGUUUUUUUUUGGUUUAAAUUUGAGGAUUUGUGAAAGUUUGAGAUGUUUUGUGUCAAAUUCGUGUCUUUGGAAAAGUUUUAGAUGUUCUUUUGGUAAAAUUAGUGUCUUUGUAAAGAUUUCAGAGGUUGUUGAAUUUUGUCAAAUGAGUGUCUUUGUGAAAGUUAUAUAUUAUUUUCGGUCAGAUUGGUGUGUUUGCAAAGGAUCCAGAUUAUGUUUUUGAGUCAAGGCGUCCAGAAUGGUUCUGUAGACUUGGUGUCGGUUCCGAUGAAAUCAUCUCUCAAAGACCACCGACAUCAAAGAAAUAAUUCCGCUCCAGCAAGUGAGCAAGUCGAUUUAGUGUCCAUAUAUGUUGUGUGAUUAUGUCCUCAUCGCAGUCUAACUUAUGUCCUAGUUCAUGACAAUGGUUGAAAAAGUCUUACUUAUGUCCUAGUUCGUUUAUAGAAAUGUUUAACUUAUGUCCAUCUAUAGAAAAGUCUUACUUAUGUCCAUCUAUAGAAAAGUCUUACUUAUGUCCAUCUAUAGAAAAGUCUUACUUAUGUCCAUCUAUAGAAAUGUCUUACUUAUGUCCUAGAUCAUGACAAUGUAUGGAAAAGUCUUACUGAUGUUCUAGUUCAUCUAUAGAAAAGUCUUACUUAUGUCCAUCUAUAGAAAUGUCUUACUUAUGUCCUAGAUCAUGACAAUGUAUGGAAAAGUCUUACUGUUGUUCUAGUUCAUCUAUAGAACAGUUUUACUUAUGCCCUUAUCCAUGCACUGUAUUGAAAGUGUCUGACUUCCCGCAUACGCCAUGAUUCAUAUAUUAUUUUUAAAAUAUUACCCUCCUCCUUCGCCCCACACCAAGCAGUCUUAUGUAAAAGUCUGACCACCCCGCCCGUCUGCGUCAUAAAAGUUUUGAGUCCACCGGAAAGACGGGAAUAGUCACAAGCUUAAAAUCGUGAGAGUAGCAAUUUUGAACGCUUGUUGACUCAUAACCGUAUUUCUGUUCAACUGUUGGUUGAUUGUUUUUUGUUUUUUAUUUCCCGUUUUACAAAAGCAUAACAAUAAACCACUAGUCAAACAAAUAUGAAGUUAUGAGUGCUCGAGAUUUUAAAUUUGACACACUCACAAUUUCCAGUUUGUGACUAUGCCCGUUUUUUCCUGUGGACUCCUCAAAUGCACUCAAAAAACGUACUCCCCUUCGAUGACAUCAUUAAUGAAUCAAACAAUCUUACACCAUGUCUGCGUGUGCGUCCUGAUUCAUUCAUAAUGUAUGCAAAAAUCUAUGUGAGGCAUUGUUGUGAAAUCAGACACUCGUCAAAAUAAUGAAAUUGAACAUAUCGACAUUUUCCCUCGAGUUUAACGGGUUUUUUUUCUUCCAAUUUUUGUUUUUUGGCUCAACACGUUUUGUGCAUUUUUUCAAAGCACAUUUCUGUGUGGAUUUUCAUUGAAAAACAUUGAUUAAAAGCACAACAAAUGUACAUUUACAGCUUCCAAGGACUCCCAAGCUCCGGAAAUCACCAAGCUUUGACAACCAUUUUCUCGCUAAUUUAACUCUGAAACUAGGCGACCUCGAUCUCCUUCAUUUGAAAACGCCUCGACUUUUAUUCAAGAUACUAGAUCUAGUAGGUGUGUACUUUUUCCAUCGAUAGGUGGUCAAAUGAACAAUCUUUAAAAUGGUAACAAUAACUCCAGGUAACCAAAAAAAAACCUGACGGCAACUGGUUCUUCCGUGUCAUGAUACAUAAUAUUAUUCAAAUUGCUAGAAAAUAAACAGAUCUGUUUUUGAAUUGACAUCUG